CAUGUCAGCAUCACCCUUUUAUCGCUCAUCUCCUGCGCUGGGCGUGCGUCAUGGCUUCACUCUCCUCCCCAUCCUCUUGAAAGCGCGCCUCUGAGCGGAGGCGCCAAACAGCGAGGAGCUUGCUUGCUGCAUCGCAGCCAGAGAUUCCCAGGCAGCCCAGCGAUUGGAAUAGUCACCACUUUCACACUUUUGUGCUCUACUUUGUUGUAUUUCUUUAUGAUGUCACGCAGGAAUGCUUUUACCACAGGGAUCUCACAAGUUUACCUGCUGGUCAUGUUUAUCUGCAUGGUUUCAGAUUUUGAUGGAUGCUUUAGGAGUACAUUACUUGGAAGCAACGCUGCCCUUGAUAAAGACUACUACAGCACUCAACGUGACAGAGGAAGCGUCAACCUGUCCUCUGGGAUAUUUCCCCUGCGGCAACCUGACUGUGUGCCUCCCUCAAGUGUUGCACUGCAACGGCGCCGAUGACUGCGGGAACCAAGCGGACGAGGAGAACUGUGGAGAUAAUAACGGAUGGCCUCAUCUGUUUGACACAUAUUUUGGGAUGCCGAGCGACAACACCGGGACCAAAUCCAACCUGUGCUUGCUGGGCGCCAUUCCUGAACCGUGCCAGUGCCGGGACCUGGAGCUGGACUGUGACGGGGCGCAGCUCCACCACGUCCCAACGGUGGCCGUCAACGUCACCAUGAUGUCCUUACAGAGGAAUCAUCUCCAAUGGCUGAAAACCAACACCUUCUUCAUGUACCGGAGUCUGCAAAAACUAUAUCUGCAGUACAAUCAGAUACAAGAAGUGAGUUCGGGUGCCUUCAGCAGACUCUAUAAUCUCACCAGGCUAUAUUUGAACCACAACAGGAUUUCCGUCCUGAAGCCUGGUGUGUUCAGGGAUCUGCACAAGCUGGAGUGGUUGAUCUUGGAGAACAACAACAUUCAUCACAUCUCCUCCAAGGCCUUCUCUGGUCUCAACUCACUGGUCUUGCUGGGGUUGCUGAAUAACUCGCUGACAAGCGUGGAAGACGUCUGUCAGGAAAUGCCCAGGCUGAACUGGCUGGAUUUGGAAGGGAAUCUUAUCCAGACCCUCGAGAACGUCUCAUUCUACUCCUGCAGCAUGCUGACAGUUCUGGUUCUUCAGCGCAACAGGAUCAGUCAUAUCCAAGACGAAGCCUUUUCUGUCCUCCAGAAGCUUGGGGAGCUAGAUCUUUCUAGCAACAGACUGACGGAGAUCCCUCCUAAUCUCUUUGUCCUCCUGGAGGAUUUGCUUCAACUAAACAUUUCAUACAAUCCCAUCGUGGAGCUCCAAGUGGACCACUUUGACAAGCUGCACAGGCUGAAAUCAUUGAGCAUAGAGGGCAUCGAAAUCGGCAACAUCCAACGUCGCAUGUUUGAGCCUCUUAAACACUUGACUCACAUUUACUUCAAGAAGUUCCAGUACUGCGGCUACGCCCCGCAUGUGCGUAGCUGCAAGCCCAACACCGACGGCAUCUCCUCCUUUGAGGACCUGCUGGCCAACAUCGUGCUGAGGGUCUUCGUCUGGGUGGUCUCGGCCACCACCUGCUUCGGGAACAUCUUCGUCAUCUGCAUGCGAUCGUACAUCCGAUCAGAGAACAAGCUGCACGCCAUGUGCAUCAUCUCCCUCUGCUGUGCAGACGGGCUGAUGGGCAUCUACCUCUUCAUGAUCGGCACGUAUGACCUGAAGUUCCGUGGCGAAUACAAUCGCCACGCCCAGGCCUGGAUGGACAGCAGUCCGUGUCAGGUGAUCGGAUCCCUGGCCAUGCUGUCCACAGAGGUGUCGGUCCUUCUUCUCACCUACCUCACGCUGGAGAAGUACAUCUGCAUUGUCUACCCCUUCCGUUACUUGACGCCGGGCUGGCGCCGCACCGUCAGCAUCCUGCUGGGGAUAUGGGUGUUUGGAUUCGUGGUGGCCUUCAUGCCGUUGGUCUGCAAGGGGCUGUUUAGGAACUUCUACGGGACCAACGGCGUUUGCUUCCCGUUGCAUUCGGAGCAGCCUGAAACGGCGUGGGCUCACGUGUACUCCAUUGUUAUUUUCUUAGGUCUGAACCUGGUGGCGUUCCUCAUCAUUGUCCUCUCCUAUGCGAGCAUGUUCUACAACAUACAGCGUACGGGCACCCAUACUGCCAUGUACAGCAACCACAUCAAGGACGAGGUGACCAUCGCCAAGCGCUUCUUCUUCAUCGUCAUCACCGACUCCCUCUGCUGGAUUCCCAUUUUUGUGCUCAAGAUUCUGUCGCUGCUGCAGGUGGAGAUUCCCGGCACCAUCAGCUCGUGGGUGGUCAUAUUCAUCCUCCCCAUCAACAGCGCCCUCAACCCCAUCCUUUACACGCUGACAACGCGUCCCUUUAAGGAGACUCUCAUGCAGGUAUGGGCCAACUACAGGCAGAGGAGGCCUGUGGUCAGCAACCACCCCCUUCCUCCCCCCUCUCUCACCUGGCAGGAAAUGUGGCCCAUGCACGAUGCCAACCCUGCCCCUGGCGUCGGGGGUCAUCAGGACUGUGGAAAAUAACACCAAGCAUGACGCUGACAUGCAUUGACACGAAUGGUGAGGCGUUCGAGUGCGUGUGAAAGUGAGUGAGCGUCACUCACCGCCAAGCUCGGUGAACACGAGACUCACAGAAGCGAAGACGCACGACGGGCAUCGUGAUACUGUUCCGCUCCAACGCUGCAGGUGGCGGUAGGUGCCGGAAAAAUGGGGAUCAAAUUCCUCAACCUGUAUCUUCAUCCACAAUGGAAUGGUUUGUUUCUUUGGCAUGCUUGGGUGACGUUACCUUGGCAGAGGUAAUUGGAGUUAUCAAAAGCAUGUCGUGCUGUGGAAGGUGCCGAUCAAAUGUGACGUAGACGUACGUGACGAACGUGUUUAUGUAAGGCAGGGGUGUCAACUCAAUCACACAGAUACACAGGGUCAGGCAAAUUUGUAGGUUAAAUAAAAGGCAAAUAAAGUAAAGUAACAAAAGUGUUUUUAUUUUCAAAAAGUACAUAUAAUGCCUUUUUUCAUGUAAUGCCAUUGUUUUUUGUUUCUUUUUCAGUUGCUGCCAUGAAUUAGACUGUUGAGCAUCGCGCUUUUAUUGUGGAAACCUUUAUCAAAACAAACAAAUCUGGAACUGCAACACAACGAGCGUUAUGUUUAAUUUCAUUCCUUCAUUCAUUUUCAACCGCUUUUCCUCACAAGGGUCGCAGGGGAUGCUGGAGCCUAUCCCAGCUGUCUUCGGGCUGGUGGCCAGCCAAUAACAGGGCACAUAUAGACAAACAACCAUUCACACUCACAUUCAUACCUAUGGACAAUUUGGAGUCGCUAAUUAACCUAGCAUGUUUUUGGCAUGUGGGAGGAAACCGGAGUACCCGGAGAAAACCCACGCAUGCACAAGGAGAACAAAAUUGAACCCGGGUCUCUUAGUUGUGAGGUCUGCGCGCUAACCACUCGACCACUGUGCAGCCCGUCCGUUUAAUUUUUAAAACAUAAUGAAACAAAAUGGCAUUAUAUGUACUUUUCGAAAAUGAAAAUACUUUUUUGUUACUUUACUUUAUUUGCCUUUUAUUUAACCUACAAAUGUGUCAGAUCAUUUUGCCUGACCCUGUAUAAGGCAUUCAGGAAAUACAUUUAAAGAUGUGAUGCUGUGUAGUAUUCUACGCUGGUCACAAGGUGGCAGUAAUGUUACAUGUUACAUAUAGUACUUCCACAAGAGGAAGUACUAUACAGAAAUAGGAUGUAAAAAAAAGAACAAGGAACUCUCCCAGUGCUAACGUGUGAGUAUAUUAUGUCUUAUUUAUGUCUUAUUUUCUGUUAUUAUGUCUUAUAUAUUGGGUAAUAGGGCUGUUAUUUCAUGUUGAGAGGGCUCUAAUGAUGUUGAAAAAUGUAUUUAGAAGGUCAUACUCUGGUUUUCUAUGCUCUAAUAUAAAAAUAUUUGAUUUAUAAAUGAUGAAACCUACUUUGCAAAAAAUUGCAUGAUGUGGAAAAGUCAUAUGAUGUCUUUUUAACUUUUUAACUCUACUUUUAUUUUUACACCACUCAAGUCUCAACUUUAGGAUGUCAUUGUAUAAGAACAUACCGACUGCUCUGGUGUUCCUGGAAAAUAUUCGCCGGAAAGUGUUUUUUUGAAUGGAAGAUUUGUGUAUCUAAAGUAAAGUCAGGCAGCAAUGGGAAUAUGUUUUUUUAUUUUCAGGGAGCUAGAGACCUACCUUGGGAAUACAAGGUCGCUACAUUUUUAUUUGCAAACAUCAUUAACUACCACUUCUAUUCGCUUUGGCAUAACAUCACACGCAAAGCAUGAAUAGUACUAUCAGCACACCUUGACAGUUUAGCAGUACAUUAAAAAUAUCACGGCCAAUGGAAACACAACCGUCAGCGUCUUCUCAAAAUUGAAAUUAAAGCCGGCACAAAGGAAGUUGAAACUCUCAGAAGUGUUUAUUCGCCAGGUUGUCGGAUUAGUGAAGGCCACAGCGCGUGCUUGGGUUGUUUUCUGCUAACUUUGAACAACUUGGCGGCGUCUUGUGGGUGGAAAUUAAAAUGUUUCCAUUCGCUUCACCGGGGGGCUUGAACACAGGAGUGGCGACUUUUCAUGGCGUUGGGACGCCACAUUCAACAUUCACCGCCGAGUGCCACACUUCAACCGUUUGGCUAACAUCCAAAAGUACAUCGGUAAACAUCACUUAUACCUUCGGAGCCCAGCUGACAUUUUCAUGAUUUUGACUGAUUUUUCAAGGCACACCGAAUAUUUUUUUUCUAAAGUUAAAUGCUUUUUUUGCCAAAAAAUGAUAUGCCGAUAUUGUCCCACUCUCAGUUUCCGAUACCAAUAUCAGCCAAUACCGAUACCGAUAUGUGUAACAUGGCAUAUCUCCUGUGGUGGAAUGAACAAAUGUGUUGUACACAGCAUUUUUUAAAUAUCGUUUUUCAUGAUUGGGAAAAAAUCUGAUACAAAAGUCGACUGAUAUCACAUUUUUAUAUGAUUAUUAUUAUGGGAACCACUAAUUAUCAGACAUCCAUACUAUAUAGACAUUGUAUAUACACUCUCAUCUUUCAUCAGAAAAGAAAGUUUGUUCCUAUCUUUUUUGUUCUUUCGUAAUGAGCAGUAGAACAUAAGUAACUUUCAGAAAAAUAUAAGCAAAAAAAUACUUUUUGUGAGAAGAUACACAAAUUUAGCCAUAUAAAUUUAGCUGAAAUACUGAAACAACUAUGCUACAACAUCAACAACACCAAAAAAGUUAGUUUUACAUGAAAAUAACAAUCUAAAAAUAACAAAUAUAACAAAAACUGUACUGUAUUUCUAUAUAUUUCUAUGUAUUUCUAUGUAUAAAUUUCUAUGUAUAAAUACCUCUUUAGGAGCCGGCAGUUCGGUUGAAAAAAGUAGCGAAUGAGUUAAUAAAUCACACUGGUUUAUGGUUGAAUAUUAUUAUUUGCAACAAAUCCAUAUUUAAACUAAUUUUAGCUAUUUUAUGCCUAAAUUAAGCAUUUCACAUAUAAAAAUGAACUAAAAGAAAUAGAAAGCAUUCAGAAGAUGUAUUGAAAUAUGUGAUGAUAUGUAGUAUUCUACACUGUAAUGUUGAGUGAGACACACAAGCACCAGACUUGGACUCCCAGGCACAACAAUAUGUAACACAUGCUAUCGUUUGAGGCCACCAAUCACACCAAGCUAAAGCACCACCACUGUUUUUGUACUGCGGGAGGACCGAGUAAUGAGAUGAACUCCUCCAGGUUUAAGAUGCUGCAUUGGAGGUGAUCAUAACAAAGUCUUUUUCAUCCACAGAGACCUUUCCUAUUCAUCUCUGGGAGCUUUGGACAUCACAAAGGUACAACCAUUGACUGUCAAUUUUUUCUUUUUUUCCUUUAGAAUUCAAGCAGCAGCCGCUUUGUACGGCUUGUUGCAAUAAUGGAACUUGACAUAGCUGUCCAAUGGGAGGCAGGCAGAUGAUAGCUGAGGGAUAAUUGGCUCUUUGGUGAGCAGAAAGGGUCAAGGUGACUUGGAAGUGUUGUUGAUGUGGAGUGCACACCUUUAACACUUGCAGGCAAACACACCUUUUUAUCCCAAUCCAUCCAAGUUCAAGUCCCUCACAGUGAAGUGAUAAAGUAGGAAUAUUUACAUCAUGACGAGCAUAGAAAACCUGCUUACAUCUGUCUAAAUAAGAGUUUUGACAUUAUUAGUAGCCCAUACAACAUGAAAUAACACCCCUACAGUCCUCUUUACAUUCCUAUUACUCAAUGUCGCACACGUAAUAAGAGAAGAUAAGACUUAAUAUAAACCUACACAUCUUAGCAUUGGGAGACUUCCUUUUUUUAAACUUCCUAUUCUGUACAGUAGUUCAUAUACAGUAACAAUACUGACACCUAGUGAACAGUGUUGAAUACUACACAUCACCACAGCAUCAUUUAAUGUGUCUUCUAUCAGUUUCUUAGUUCAUUUGGCCAUUUACAGCAGUUUGUCCUCUUGCUGUUCGUCACAAAUGUUUCAGAUCAUCCGACAAAUUGAAAUAUUAGUCAAUGACAACACAACUAAACACAAAUGGUAGAAAACAAAUCCAUUGUAACCUUUGUAACUGAGAUUAAUCUAAAUUAAUCUCAGAUUAAUCUCUAACUGAGAUUAGUCUAAAUUAAUCUCAGAUUAAUCACAAACUGGGAUCUCAAUUAAACUCAGUGGACUCCCAGGCACAACAAUAUGUAAGACAUGCUAUCGUUGCGGCCGCAAAUCACACCAAGCUUAAGCGUGAAUUGAAUCUAACUGAGAUUAAUCCCAGUUAAUUUCAGUUAAGUUAUUUUUAAUAGUGGGGGGCACUCACUCUUUUACACAGGGCCAUGUUGUUUUAGAUUUUCUCCCUUAAUAAAUUUUCUCCCUACAUAAAAAGUUUAAUUUAAAAACUGCAUUUUGUCUUCAGUUGUGUUGUCAUUGACUAAGAUUUCAAAUUUGUUUGAUGAGUGAAAGAUUUGUGACAAAAGUGAAAGUGAAAGUGUGACAAACAUGCAAAAAAAAUGGGACACCAGGAAGGAGGCAAACACUUUUCCACAAAUUAAUUUCUGCAUUUUUUUGCCAAAUGAGCUGCAGUCAACCCUGAAACACAUGAAUGAUAUCAUUUUGAAAAACCAUCCUUGAAAUUGAAAGCAUGAAAUAGUCGAAGGACGUCUUUUUCCCAACCAUUGGUGAGCCAAGGCACGUAUUUUGCAUUGGAAGAAACUCACUGCAGCCUGGCGAGCUUUGCCGUAAAUAAUAAUUUUCUCACCAAUUGAGUGAAAUUGGAUGCAGCACACUUUAUGACCUCUUGCAAAGACACUUUAGGCACAGUGGUUGGAAAUCACUGACCUAGAUUACUUCAAGAAAAAUGGGACAGCACAUCACCAAGGAUGCAAUGACUUACUUUGGUGGAUGUUGAUGGUGAUCAAUCUUCUCUGGGAACUUAAAAAUGACAUCUCCAUCAGUCCAAAUUCCAACCAAGGGGGCCAGUCACAGCUCGCAAUUCUUUUUAUUUUUUAAUUACAUGAUAUUUUGCUUAAUUUUGAAUAUUAGACAAGAUGCCGCUAAUACAUUGACAACUAUUGUCAUGAUUUUAACACAAUAAGAAGUGUUGCAUGUUUACAUAAUUCAACAUGUCCAAAAAGGAGGGGAAAAAACACUAAUAAAUAAAUUCAUAUAUAUAUAUAAAAUAAAAAAAACAAAAAUAUAUUAAACAUUGUAAAAUAAAUGUAAAAAUUAAAUAAAUAAAUAUAGUUCCACACUGUAUUUUUUUUUACAGUUUUUAAAUAAUCAUUUUUUUUUAUAAAUUUAAUUAAGUAUGCAGCUGCCAGUGGAAAUAAUUUGGCACCCCGCUGCAAUGAACCCUUCCACCGGUUCAAAGUGUUUAAAAAAAAAAAAGAGAGAUUCUACAGCAACCCCAUAGUCCAUAUAAUUCUGGGAUGGUGAGGUUCUGCAAAUAUCAUAUUUGAAACACCAUGUGACUUUCCAUGCAGAAUUGAAGGUUAUACGUUGAUGCAAAUACACUGCCAGACUUUAUUGUUGUUUGUAAACGACAAAGUGCUCCAAUACAAUAAAAGCCAAUACAUGAAUGUCAUCUACACAACUUCCUCCAACUUUCAGGGAUUAUCAAUGCUUGCAUACAUUUCAUCUUUUUUUUUCUCCUGACUGUUUGAACCUGAGGCUGCACGGCAGCGCAGGAGACCCGGGUUCAAUUCCACCCUUGGCCAUCUCUGUGUGGAGUUUGCAUGUUCUCCCCGUGCAUGCGUGGGUUUUCUCCGGUUACUCCGGUUUCCUCCCACAUUCCAAAAACAUGCUAGGUUAAUUGGCGACUCCAAAUUGUCCAUAGGUAUGAAUGUGAGUGUGAAUGGUUGUUUGUCUAUAUGUGCCCUGUGAUUGGCUGGCCACCAGUCCAGGGUGUAUGAAUGAACUAAUGAAUGUUUUAAAUAAUUACCCAAAUUAUUAUUGAAUAAAUAAAGGUCCAAUAAUUGUUCUAAUA